UCAAAGUCAAAGGGGUUUACGGCAGCCGUUGCAAGGAGAGUUGAGGUUAUAGCUUCGUAAGCCACCUUGAAUUACGCACAGUUAUUUGAGCUCAAUAGGACAGGUUUAAUGGGUUACGGGAUGCAUGUGCGUCUAGAUGAGUUUUUAGGCUUCUUGUGAUGUGGGGAAAUGUGAUUAGCCAGCUCAUGCUAACGCAGCAGUGAGCUAUAAUUCACUAUGAGAGCGUUAGUAAACGUCACGGGGACGUAAAUUUGCGCAUGCGCACAAAACUGACUAGCAAAGUAUCCAACCGCUUCCAUAUCAUAUUGGCUAAGAAACCUCGUUUUCGUGCCUUUUUUAUCACAGUAUGAAAGUUUGUGCCAGCUAAUGCUAAGCAAAGAUAUGCAGCAAAGUUUCCGUACAACAGCGGCAACCAGAAUUUGCCUUAAAUUCAAAGUUACGGACAUAUGGGUCCCAAAUACGUCCACCCGGCCUGUCCUGAGGCAAUGUUUUUGAUCGACAACUUUUAAUUUCGUCCUACACAAAAGAUCUAAUGAAAAUCUACAAGUCUCUUGACGCGUACAAUGAAGGUGCUUCAUAAAUGGGCUGCAUCUGACUAUAUCCCCUAUCUGUACUUUAAAACUAGUAAACCAGUAAACAGGAUGGACCCUGUGGUGCUGAGCUACCAGGACAGCCUGCUUCGCCGCUCUGAUGUUUCCCUUCUGGAAGGACCCCACUGGCUGAAUGACCAAAUCAUCGGAUUUGCCUUUGAGUACUUUGCUAGUGAGCGCUUCCGAAUCCUGGGGGAGAGCGUUGUCUUUGUCAGCCCGCAGGUCACCCAGUUUAUCAAGUGCUCUUCCUGCCCAGAGGAGUUAGCCAUGUUUCUUGACCCUCUGGAGCUGGCCUCGCGUCGUUGGGUCUUCCUGGCUGUGAACGACAAUUCCGAGCAGAGUGCUGGGGGGUCCCACUGGAGCCUUCUGGUGUACCAUCAUAAAUCCAACCACUUCUCUCACUAUGACUCUCAAAAUGGCAGCAACUCUCUGCAUGCCCGGCGCAUUGCUAGCAAGUUAGAACCCAUGUUGUGUGUAGGGAGAGAGGCUGCAUUUGUGGAGGAGCCCAGUCCUGUACAACAGAACAGCUAUGAUUGUGGCAUGUAUGUCAUCUGUAUAGCUGAGGCCUUGUGUGAGAAGCCACACCUGGCUUUGCAAACUCUCACCCCAACCUUUAUUAAACAGAAAAGAGCAGAAUGGUGCAUAUUAAUCCAGAGUCUCGCUCAGAGUGAACUCUGAUGCGCUCUCUUUUCCUUAGUACCACUCACUGUAUGCAGAACUGCACAUACACAAGCUGACAAAAUUGUUGGUACCCUUCUGUUAAUUAAAUAAAAAUGAACAAAUGUCACCGAAAUAACUAACAAUAGUAUUAAAUGAAAAUUCACAGAAAAUUAACAAAUGAAAAUCAGACGUUGCUUUUUAAUUGCGGUAAAACAGAAUUGUUUUAAAAAGCCAACUAAUGAAAUGGGCCUGAACAAAAUUAUGUUACCUUUUAAUAUUUAGUUGCACAGUUUCUAUUACAGUCAAUGAGUAGCUCAGUGACUUUUAAAUAGUCAGACUAACUGAUUACAUAUUUCAGGACACCUUAAUUUAAGAUGUCCCUAUGGUCAAUUAUAUUCAAUCUUAUCAGGGAUGCCAUCAUUUUUGUCCAGCCUGAUUCAUUGAGGUUUUUUUUUUUUUUUUUUUUUAUUCUGUUGAACCAUAAUUCAAAAGCAAUGUCUAAUUUUCAUUGGUUAAUUUUCAGUCAUUUUUAUUUACUCUAACUUUGGUUGGUUUCAAGUUGUUUCAGUGACCAUUGUGGGUUUUUCUUUCAUUAGAAAGGGUAUCACCAAUUGUGUCCAUGGUACGACUGCAUGUAUUCUCUGCCAGUGCAAUGAAAGCACUCUUUUCGUAAAACAAAUCUUAUUUCAAUUACAGUCAGUCUGCAAUGGAAGAAAGUGACAAUAUUUUGACUGUUUUAUGAUUUCUUCGACUAGCGCUGUAAUGUUUAUCUCUAAUAUAAGCAGUGCAACACUUGAUAUGUAAACAAGAACACCGGCAUGCCUAUAAAAGGCACGUACUUGAUUGUACAUAUUAAGUGAAGAUGGAGGCAAUGUGAUCAGUGACCUUUCUCCAUUUUAUGAGUUUGGGGCGAAAAUAGAAAUGUUAACACAUAAUGGUAAUUUACAGAUGGACGAGGAUGGACAGAAUGUGACUGGCUCCAUAAUUUUAUUCUUUGCUCUCAUCACACUGUGAAUUAUAUUUUAAAAGUGGUCUGUUGUCAGCAUUGUUGGGUUGAAUGAUAUACUUUGUGUUUAAUAAAUUGGUUUUAUCUUAAAAGUGUUGCCUUUGUCAUAUUGUAUUGGGUCACAGUGAUUCACAUUCAAAUUUUACAAAAAAGACUAACAUUCAACUUAUUUUCGAGAGCGCUUGUCCUCAUAAAGGUCAUGGGUAAACUGGAGUGCAUCCCAGCUAACCUUGGGUGAGAGUACACCCUUGAUUGGUCGCCAUCCAUCCAUUCAUCAUCAUCACUAGGGUCACAGGUGUCACCAGCCAUUCAGAAUCAACCAUUCAGGCCAGCCCCAUUUAAGACUCCCACUUAGGGUGGAUGCAAAAGUAGAAUCUAAAUAACGUGCUUGCUUUUUAAUAUUAGGUUACACUUGUAAAGCGUUUUGUAGGAGACUCCAAGACUUAUAUUUGAAAGAUUUGCUGACAAUGCAGUUACUACUGCUGUGUAACACUAACUGAAUAUUAUUAAAGCAACACAUUUAGUAUGGAGACUAUCUGCUAUUUUUCAAUUCAAUACUUUUUGAAAAUUUGUUAAUAUCAAGCAAAACACACCACAAACAAUCUACCGUUCUGUGUCUUCAAAACAAACCAUUGCGGC